AAAUCAAUAUCAAAUAACUAAGAAUAUGUCAUUUUUAACUUUCGCCUUUCGCAUUUGACGAUUUAGCAACUUUUAAAAUUAUACAAAUGUUGGCAGAACUUGAUUGAUGAUUGUAGUGAACUACGAUACAUAUUAAAAAUUAAAUUCAUUCAGAAUGUCUACACGGUAUAUGAAAAAAGUAUAUGGAAGCGAUAUAUUAUCCGAAAAGAAUAGUGAAAAUGAGAAUGAGAUAGACAAUUCAAUAAUUGGCAAUGUUAAAUCUAAGACAUUCAACUUGUUUGAUGUGUUGAAUCAAAAUUCUGAAAUUAGUGAGGAAGAAAAUGAAGAAGAAAAUGAACAAAUGAUAGAUAAAAAUUGUAUCAAUGAAGUUAAACGUAAGAAAAAAAAGAAGAAACGAAAGAAAUUUGAAAGUUCUAAAGCUCAAAUUGAAUCUAAAGAAAAGGAUGUAGAUGAAAUUGAAAGAACAGUAAGAGAAGUAAAUAAAUUACUUGGGGAACCACUUCCAAGUUGUAGCUUUCAAAACAUAGAUAAUUUACAAUGGAUUGAACAAAAAUCUAAAGAAGAUAUUUUAUUAGUACAACAUAAACAUUUAAAUCCAUAUAAUGAACUUAAAAGAAUUUUUGGUAGUAAAACAGUACAAGCUGAACAAAAUAAUAGGAGAAAUAGAGGUCGAUUAGGUCAUUUGAAAAAAACUUGGUUAGUUUCUGCUAGAGAUAAUUGGCCACCAAUUAAUAAAUCUGGGCUUUCAAUGUCUUUGGAUCAUACUAUAUCGUCUACCAAUAAUAUUCAAUAUUUUAUAUAUGAUCACAGUCCAUCAUAUAGACAAAUUCAGUUAAAAUUUUUGGAAGCAGUUGAAAGUUUGAAUCCUGAAAAUAUUGUUAGUAUAAUCAAUGCACAUUCUUAUCAUGUUGAUGCAUUAUUACAAUUAGCUGAACUUUGUAAACUCAACGAAGAUUUAGCAAUGGCUGCAGAAUUUACAGAAAGAGCUUUAUAUUGUUUAGAAUGUGCUUUUCAUCCGCUGUUUAACUUUACAACUGCCCUUUGCAGAUUAGACUAUAAAAAACAACAAAAUCGUGCUUUAUUUAUAACUUUAUUUAAACAUCUUAAUUUUGUUGGUGGUCGUGCAUGUUACAGAACAAGUUUGGAAUUUUGUAAAUUACUUUUAUCACUUGAUCCAGAAGGUGACCCAUUAGCUGUGAUUCUUUCCCUUGAUUUCUAUGCUUUAAGAGCAAAAGAAUAUGAAUGGUUUAUUGAAUUUUGCAAUCUUUGGGAUAAUACAAGAAAUUUAACUCAAUUGCCAAAUAUAGCAUUCAGUUUAGCUUUAGCUCAUUUUCAUUUAGGCAAUACAUCUUCUGCUAAUGAACUUUUACAAAAUGCUUUAAUAAUGUUUCCGGGUGUAUUAAUACCAUUACUAGAAAAAUGUAGUAUACAAUCUGAUAAAAUGGUACAAACUCAUAAUUUCUUUAAUACUAAGGCAGUAACUUCAACUUCACCAGCAUUAGAAAAAUUACAAAAUUUAUAUGUUGUACGUAACUUUCGUCUGUGGAAAGAAACAGAUCUUUUACCAUGGUUAUGUGAAAAUGUACAUAUUGUACUAAAUCGCGUUGAUUCAAAAGAUGAUUAUGUAAAGUAUUGUGAAAUAAAGCGAAGCAAACGUUACCAAGGAAAACUACCAAGAAAUAUUUUACGACAUAUUAUAUUGUCUGAUAUAAAAGAUAUUACUGUAAACGUGCAAGAGGUACAAAAUGAUGGUUCUGUUCUUUCACAUGAUCCUUUACCACCAGUGGAUAGUAUUGAUAUUUACAAACGACCUACUACAAAUACAAGCACAACUAGAACUAAUUCUAAUCUUUUGUCUCUCUUUUUUUCAUCCUUGUUUGAAGAUAUUAGUGGAGAUGUUGCAAAUGCUCUGGAAGGAUUAAAUUUACUCUAUGAUAACAACGAACAAACAUAAUGUUAAUUAAUUACUACUAUUGAUUACUGAUUACAUCAUAAAAUAACAAUUCAAAGUUCAGAAUACUUUGUUUAUUAAACGAACUAAAAUGAAAUCAGGUGUAUAAAUAUUUUUAAAACAAUUACUAUUUUUAUGAAAAUAAUGUAUAUUUUAUGCCAGGUAAUAUAUCUAAUGUUUAAUGAAAAUUAUAAAAUUAUAAUUCUUUUUUUUAUUAUUAUUCUUACUAUUAUCACUACCAUUAUCAUCAUUAUUGUGAUUACAUAAUAAUUUAUUAUAUGUACAUGAAACUUUAUAUACCCUGAUUAUAUACGUAUAUUCAUGUGUGAUAUGAAGUUGUACACAUUCAUUGUUUGUAUCAUCUUGUACUUCUUAUUAUAAUUUUUUGAAGUUUUUGGUGCAAUUAUCAACUCAAAUUGUGAAAAAUUGUAGAUACAUAAAAUAAUAUAUAUAUGUGUAUAUAUGUAUGUAUAUAUAUAUGUAUAUAUGUAA